AUGUCGACCGCGGACGCGCGCGUGCGAUGGGCGAACGACAUGCGCGCGGUGGUGACGCGCGCGGACGCCCUGCGAUCGGACGGAUCGAUCGAUCAGAAUUUUUUUAAACCGAAAAGAGUCGUCUUCGAGACGCAGAGUAAAAAGUGGGGCGACGACGAGCGCGAGCGAUUGCUCAGAGGUCUCGAGACGCACGGCGUCGGGGCGUGGGGGGUGAUGAAGCGGGAAUUGCUCCCGGAGUGGGACACGCUGCAGCUGCGGGUGAAGGCGUCGAAGAUGAUGGGGACGCAGAGUUUGGCGCGGUAUCCAAAGUGGCGCGGCGACGCGGCGGCGGUCAAGGCGGAGUACGAGAAGAAUAAGGCGAUCGGAGAGGCCACGGGGUGUUGGAAGAAUGGGACGUUGGUUGAGGACGAUGACGGGAGCGUGGCGAAGUACAUGGCGGAACACGGAUUGACGUGA